GAAACGUCUGUACAACUACGAUCAAACAAUGAAUACAGUCAACACAAAACAAUGGAGAAAAACAAAGUAGAAAGAUUUUGAUGAUGGAUUACACUUAAAGAAACAUUUUCGACAGAAAUGGCUGCCAACUUGCUGACUGUUGCUAAGGAUGAUGAGUGUCCAUGGCAACCAGAGAUAGUUGACUCCAAGGCUGAUGUGACAUCAGAACCUAAGGACAGUAUUCUGGAAGAGCCCGGUAGUGUGUUACCAGGGGCCGUUGCCACAGUGAUGUCCGAUGGCGGGGUUAGUCCUGGUACAUCAGGACCUCAAAUACUGGAGGCUUGUGCAGAGGCGAUGAUACAACACUCCAUAGAAGAAAUGGAAAGUGACAUAACUCCUCCUCUCUGGGCUGCUACAGAAUCUUCCCAGAUUGUCAUGGAAACCGGCAGCCAAUCAGAUUCACAUGCAGGCUUUGUCAGACCAGGUUCCCACAAUAGUCCCCAGGUUUCUCCGAUUUUAACCCAAAAUAUUGCGUAUUGUGAUGACACGAUUACAAGAGAAAUAUCGCCUGUGGUUCCCAUCUCCAGCAAUUUAACACCGAUUGCCACAGAUAUCACUCACAAUCCUCUAUUUUGUGACAUCCCCGCCUCUGCCCUGUCACCGAUUGCUGGCAAUAUUCCAAAUGCUGUCACUUACUGUGAUGAUGUUGUUCCGUCAGAUAUGGCUGCCAAUUUUCGUACCUAUAUGACACAUUUGUCACAACUGUCGCCUGAAAAUGAUAACAGCCGAACCCCUCUGCUGGAUCCUCAAUCUGGAGUUACCCGACUUCUUCCCGGGAACACUGCAAACUGGGCCGAGGAAUCAGUGGAUAUGUGUUCCUCAGACAGUGAAUCAGAACCAGAUUGCGGACUUGCAUGUGAAUUUGGUCAGAGUAGGACACAUGGUCGACAAACUGCUAGAUCUCAUCGUACUAGACAUUCAGAGGAUACCAGUUAUGAUUCUGUUGGGCCGAGUUUGGGACAUUCGCGUCGUAACCCACAUUUUCCAUAUGAAUCGUUUGGAACGCCCCGUGUUGCCUGGAGCGAUACACCACGAGAAGCAUGGCACGACCGAUCCGAAGAUCCAAUGUACGAUUCACUUAAUCCUUAUGCUCUUUUUAAUCUGCCAAAAUCAAGCCAAAGAGGGAAACGCAAGCAGAAAAUGCACUCGUGUACGUGCCGUUUAAGGGGAUCAGAUCGUAGAAGUAAUGAUAGUGAAUUGAUUGGCAGGGCUAAUUCAGCAAGAAACACAGGCGCAUGUGGCAUUCAACAGCAGGAGAAUGUUGGUGGUUUUUAUGGUCGGGAGAGCCCAGUUAUUCAGAACUCAGGACAUACUGAAGGAUUCUUGGCAAAUGACCGAUAUGCACAAGCAGGCAAUACGAGUCCACAGCCUUCUACUAGUGGGUUGGUAGGGAAUCGGUUAAGUCAUUCUAGAAAUAAUGGACACUCCAAUUCCUUGCCCAUUUUUUCUACCCAUGAAAGUAUGGAUAUUAAUAGCGACUCUGGUGAAUCAACCGAUACUGACGUGAAUAUCAUGUCUAUAGAUCACCAACAUAAAGAUCGCUCUGCAAUGAAUUAUGAGUUCAACACUAGUUGCUCAAAUUGUGGACGGUCAGACUGCAAGAAACAUGGUCACCAUGUGGAUAACCAAAGUUCCUAUAUUUGCAAUAGUUGUCGUGAAAAUUCACUUACUCAUGAACAUGUCGGAGUCAUACGCCCUAAAGCAAUAAAACUGGAAUCGGGUCAAAAAUACCACAAGUGUGAACCGACCCAUUCCGAGUCCCGCCAAAGCAGGAGCAGACCUUUAGGGGCUGAAAACAGACAUAGUUGCACAUAUCAUGCAGAAAAUCGGAGGGAAUCGGUGUGUUCUCAUCAAAAUGACACCUUUCCAACCUCGGAGAAUCGAGUUCUCGAACUUCCUAUGCCAAAUGAUUCCUUAAAUCAUGCACACCCUCAGGCAAGUGUGAAUUCAGACAAUCACUCCAAUAGUCUUCGUGAAAGCGAUGUGUUACCAUCAAAAUCAAAAUCUCUUAAGGAGAUUCAAAAUAGUGUGAUUAAGGAACAUAUAGGUAUUGGGAAAACAAAGAAAACACAGACUGCUGAAAAAAUUCAGUCAAGAAUUGAUUUGACAGGAGCGGAAAAUGAACACAGUAGAAUCAAAAGUGAUCAAAUGAGUUCACAGCAUGGUUUUGACAAACGUGGAACGAGGUCGGAAUCCCCGAUAGUUCCAGAAGUAAGCCUGCCAUCAGCCUCUGAUGAUAGUGACAUUGAAGUUGUGCGCAUUGAGACUAACAGACCUCCAAGAAGACGGCAGGACCUCUCUAGUCGAGCAACUGUCGUUGUUGAUCUCACUGAGAGUGAUUGUGAUGACCCGAGUAUCCUAGCAACCGCAGGUGCUCCCAAUAGCCUCACUCCAACAUUUGACCUUGACCUUCACCCCGACAACAGUGACCUUGACCAGCAGCUGGAGGAGAGCAGUCGCAGGUCAUUGGUGUCAAUGGUCAAAGAUCCCCCAAGGUCAAUUAAUAGUUGUGCAGAGGUGCGAAAUUCUGAAGGAAGUUCAAGGUUACACCCUUUGGAACAAGAGUAUCAGUCGUCAUGGCUUACACCUUCGGGGUCCUCAAGGUCAUCAUCAAUGAAUACAGAGGAAGGUCACCCAAGGUCAAGGUCAGGAAGUAUGGAGUCAUGUCGUGACCUUUGUCAAGGUCACCAACACUUGCCUGCUCAGGACUUUGUGUGUCCACGGCAUGGUCCUCCAUGCAACCGGUUGAGUUGUACCCAACAACCCCUGUGUUCCCAUGGCAACCAGAUGAGGUCACCUGACGUCAUGUGUCACCCUCUGUCACACGUCCACAGUAUUGGGCAUAUCGAAGGGUCAAGAGGUCAUGCAGGACAUAAUAUUGGUCACCAUGACAACCAUGUACAUAGAACUGUAUCAUGCACCUGCCAGAGAGGGAGCAGUGGAAGAUCAGCCUCCCAUGCACACAGCCGCUUGACAGCACCAGUCCCCUCAUCACAGCCAAAAGAGGGCCAAGCAGGCACCUCAGCACACUCCAAUAUGCCAAAAUCACAAAACACUACCCCCCUAUCUCAGCAGUCUUCCCGGUCUGGUCAUUCCAUGGAGCCCGAAAGUUGUCAAGCCCCAAGCAAUGCACAUAAUCAGCCUGCCAGUAACUCUAGCUCAAACUCGCAAGCUCCAAACAACCCCCUCCCCCCUAGCUCAGUGCCCCACCCAUAUCACCAAUGUUUUGGUAAUGUCCACUCCCACCACCCUCAUCACUCACACGGGCAUGGGGUGUCAACAAGCGCGCCCCACCCGGCAGUUCCACAAAGCAUGCCAGGUUUUAGUGGCCCCUCAGGGCAUGGCGGGGCGUCUUCUGUGCAAGCCCCUAACCCCAACAUCCACCUUACCAAUCAUGGCUCUCAUCCAACCCACCCCCAUACCAAUCAUCCAAACCACCCUCCCCAUCCAGCUCAUCAAGGGCACCACCCCCACUCAACUCACCCCCACUCACAUACCCAAGGCGGCCCCGCUCCAACCCCACGGCAGAGAGCCCAUAUACACCACCACCAUUACCACCCAGCUCCCUUCCACAUUCCCCCAAGUCCAUUCCCCACAUUUCACAACCAGGGUAGACACCAUAUCGUCAGGCCAAUACAUCAGGUGCCAGCUCCUCAUCCCCACCAGCAUCAACAGUUACCUCCUCACCAGGAUAACCUUAGAAUGCUAGACCUGCUCAGAGCUCAAUUUCAGCAUGCACAACUUGUGCAGGGCUCAAACCUUCUGCAGAUUCCACCACACUCGCUUGUUGAGACACAGCCGCCAAUGGCCCACAGCCAGACAAGCUGUAGCCUGGACAGCGCCCCCAGACCUCCAGCCAACAAUCAGCACCCCCAGAGCACGCCACAGGGGCAACACCAGCACCUCCAUCACCACCUGCACCACUACCACCAUGCCGGCGUGCCCAGGCUCCACCACUUUGCUGCAGUCCCUGGAGUGCACUACGGGGUACCAGUUAUUCGACCAUUCCCAGAGUUCCCUGCUGUGCCUGAUUUCCCAACAUUCCCUCCAGUUCCUCCUUCAUUUGGCAUGUUGCCAAGAAAUGUCCAGAUGCGGCUACAGCUUGGAAGAAUGAUGUUUAACCCACACAGGCCUCCAACUUAUGAGGAAUUGCUUCAUCUGGAGGAGAGACUGGGCAAUGUUAAUAGAGGAGCCAGUCAGGAUGUCAUAGAACAGUACACACUGCCACACAAAUAUAAGAAAGUGAAGAUUAUCAAUGAAGAUGAGGAAGAUGACUCCAACCACAUGGAGAAAUGCACAAUCUGUCUUAGUGAGUUUGAAAAUGACGAGGAUGUCAGGAGACUGCCAUGUAUGCACCUUUUCCACAUUGUGUGUGUGGAUCAAUGGCUGGGAAUGAACAAGAAAUGUCCAAUAUGUCGGGUAGACAUUGAAGUGGGCUCCAAGGACCAUACAGGAGCUACUGGGGGUUCUUCUGAGUGCUGAUUGGUGGAUUUAAACUGGAGCUGAACUCUGAUUAGUGGAUUUAAACUGGAGUUAAAUGCUGAUUGGUGGAUUUGAACUGGAGCCUAGUGCUGAUAGGAGCUGAAUGCUGACUAGUAGAUUUGAACCUGGGCUGAAUGUUAAUGAGUUGAAUUUAAAUUGAGCAAAGCUUUAAUUGGCAAAUUCGAAUAUGACCAGUAUGUAGUUUAUUGAUGUGAAAUUAAGCUGAUUGUUAAUUGGCUGAUUUUGAAUUUAACAAAUGAUUUGUUGAUUGCAAAUUAAUUUGAAUAAUGAUUGGUUGUUUUGAAGUUUGGUUGUUGGUUUACUGAUUGGUUGAUUUUAACUUGCAGAUGUGAGACUUAACACGAUUAGAAUAUAUGAAUGUUGCUUAUCUCCUAAUAGAUGAUUAUUGCAUUAGUAUUUUAUGGAAUUUUUCUUAGAGAAAAAUACAAGUAACUGUAAAAAACAAAACAAAAAACAAUAUGGCAUUGUUUGCUUUUCAAUGUAAAUUCUGUAUUCUCAAAGUUAUUUGUUAGAAAGGAAUUAUUGUGUUGGUGCUUUAAUAUCUUGCUCUGGGAGAGGUGGUGUAAACAUGAGCUGAACGCUGAUUGGUUGGUUCUAUAUUGAAUUGCUUGCUUAUUGGUUGGUUUGAACUCGGGAUGUUUUUGAUUGGUCCAUUUAAAUUGGUUUUGUUAGAAAAUUUUGAAAGUUUUGGGGGCAUUUUUUCAAUAUAAGAGGGGUUGCGAAACACUUUUUGUACGGGUAUGUGUAGGUGUGGGUUUGUGCAUUACGCCAUCCAGGUAUGUGUACAUUGUUCACGUUGAAAAUGUCAUGUUGGAUAGCACAAGGGGAGAGUUAAUUACGAAUAUCGGCAAGCAUACAAGUCCGGUAAAAACUCUUGAUAUUUAGUCAGUACAUAGAGAAAAAAAGAAAUCAAAAUAAUUUGUCCACUUCCAUUCAUACGAUCUAUAUAGUACGCAGGUAUUGAUCUUUAUCCUAUUGUUGGGAGAAUGACUGCAUACAACCGUCAUGAAAUUUGGUACAUGAUGUAAAGAAGAAAAAUAUUGCGAAAUGUUCAGAAAUAUUCAAAAUAAAAGCAUGUGAAUACAACAUUAUCUUGUAACAAAGAGUUGAUCAUGGUUUUUUAAAUUGUUGAAGAAUAUUAGUUAUUUAUGAGAGUUUUUAUAGAUAUUUGAUGAAAAUUGUAAAUAACUUGCUUUUAGAUUCAUAUAGGUGCUUUUUACAUACAUGUAUGUUAUUUGCAGAUAAACUUAAAAAAAAUGUACAAUUUAUUAAAAAUAUAUCUGUGCUUUUUUAUGGUAGAUUAUACUAAUGAUUAAAUCAAAUUGUGUGUAUUUUUGUGAUUCAGGCCCCAAAUUCUUAAGUCUUUGAGAUGAGAAUCAUGCUAAGCUCACUAGGUUUUAUUGGUAUAAAUUGUGUUAUUUUCUUUAUUGAAGGAAAUUAUUUUAAAGACAAUCAUGUCAAACAAUAUUUUUAUUAUUUUUUUUUGGCGUAAAUGUCUGGAAACAAGUGUUAUAAGAAUUCUAACAAAAAAUCAGAUCACAGUUUAUCAUAUUUACAGUUCAAAAAAUGUUUUAUGGCUAAAAGCGUUACUAACGCUUAAAGAAUUAUUUUCGGCAGUUUACCAGACAACUGAGAUCUGUUCUGUUGUGAAUUAUCUAAUAUGACUGAAUUGAUGGCAUUGAUGACAAAAUCAGCCGAUUCUAAUACAACUUUUAAAAAAGUGUUAGAACUGACAUUUUGUGAGUGUGCAGCUUUAAUCCAACAUCAUACCUACCUACCUUCCCCUGGUACGCUUUAAAGAUAUUUCCAGAAAUUGGGGCCUGUUUCUUUUUGCCAACAGAUAUUGUUUUCUUUUUUGGACAUUGUUUGUAGUCAAUAUAUGUAAUACAGGGUGAUGACUUUGAAAUAUGCAUAUACUUGUAUUUUAUCUGUGAAAUUUUUAUAUGAUAUGUUUUUAAAGUAGACGAUAUAGUAGUGCCAGAAUAUAUAGUUUGUAUGGUGUUUUCCGAACCACAUUUUUUGGUGUGAUGCAGAUAGGUACAGUGGAGGUUUUGCACUCUUUGCCAAUUAAAUACCGAGUGAAAAAUGAAAAAAAAAAAGACUGACAAGAGAGGCUGAAUUAUUUUGGUCAAGAGUACUUCUUUGAGUCGGUCAUAAAACAUUUGACAAACUAUUAAUUAUUGCGCAGUCAGUACCAUUUUUAACUGAUAUUUGUAAAAAAGAAGAGAUUCUUUGUUUUCAAGGUUUUUGUAUAAUUGAUAUUGCAUGGUUAAGAUAAUAUGUGAAUUAUAUCUAACCCUCGGAAUUUUAAUACAGUUUGAGAUGCAAAUAGAUUUUUAUUAUUGCCAUAUUUUGCUAAACUAAUGACUCAUUACUAUAUAUUUUUUCAAUUUUUCUCAAUACAGUAUUUUAUUCAAGCAUGGUAAGCUUAAACUUUAAAGUAAGCUUUAUAGUUUCUGUUCUGCUUAAAUUAAAUACCAUAAUAGUCACUAUGUAAUUAUAUCUAUAUAAAGAGUGCUUAAGUAUAAACACUUAUAAAGAUAUUUUGUUUGGAGUCUUUGCUUUACUUAACUGUCUCAGCCUAUCAUCAGUUUUUAUGCUAUAAUAAUACUUCCUUACCUCAUUGUAAUCUGUAGAUUUCUGUACUUUAUUAUAAUAUGUGCAAUCUUGUCAAUUAUAAUAUGCACAACUAAUUGGGAAUGAAGAAUUCUCUGCUAUAGUUUAUACCUGUAAAUAUAUACAUUAGAUCGCUUUGAUUUCGUGAUUUUUAUUGCGAGGGGUUAGGGGUGUUGCCAAUUUUGGAAGGACAAACUAUGUUUAAGACACCUUUAUUUCAUUUACAGAAAUCAAUGUAAUUUGAAUAUUUCCUUGCCAAAAUGAUUGAUUUCACAUUUUUUUCCUCCAAAAUGUGACCUCACCAAAUUUAAACAAAAACUUAAUCAUCUUGUAAAUGUAUCUUUAUCUUACAUUAUUAUAAUAACAGAAAAAGAUAAUGUUCAGUUCUUGACGUGUUCUUCGAGUUGCAGUUUAUUGAGAAUAGUAUUCUUCCAUUUCAUGUGGAGGAUUGUAUUAUUCUUUAAAGGAAAACCUUUUUUUUUAGUGUUAUUUUUAAUUUCACAUAUCAUUACAAUGUUCAAAUUUGUCCGUGAAUUUAAUUUCACAAGAAAAUACAUUAUUUUUUUUUAAGUUGCUUAAGUUAUCAAAUUUAGUGGGUUUGAAAGCAUUUGAUCUCUGAACUUUUUUAGCUCGACUAUUCGAAGGAAAAGGAGAGCUAUCCUACUCACCUGAGCGUCGGCGUCGGCGUAACCACUUAUGUUAAAGUUUGAGUACCACCUCGAAUAUCUUCAAAGUCCAUUGACAUCUGGCUUUGAAACUUUGCACGCUUGUUCACCAUCAUGCCCCCAACCUGUACACAGGAGGAGGUAACUCUAUCAAACAUUUUGACAAAAUUAUACCCCUUUUUCGACUUAGAAUUUAUGUUAAAGUUUGCGUACCACCUCUAAUAUUUUCCAUUCAAUUUAUGUAAAUAUCUCAGCACAUCAUGUAUUGCAUUGAAAUCUAAUCUAACAGUGAUCCAUGCAUGUUUCGCCAAAACUUUUCAAUCCAUACACCAAAAAGCGGCGGAAUAGUCGAGCGCGCUGUCUCUGUGACAGCUCUUGUAUUGUAUCUGGGGCAUACCUUUAAAAUCGAGGAUGCAAUGGGUUCAUUGUUCAUUUAUUGCAGUUUGUUUUUUAUGAUUACUGUAUUUACUAUUUGAAGGUAAGAGGGGUGUGUUUUAUCAAGUUAUAAUGGUGCAUGUAGUCCAGUUUUCAAUAUUGCUACUGUUUUAUAUAGAGUUUGAAUUUAUAAGCUUAAAUUAGUUUAUGAAUAAGCAUAUCUUAGUUUAUGACACAGAAUAACCAAGAGUAUGAAUAUGAUCAAAAUAUUUGUGAUCAAGGUUAACUUAAUGGUUUAAUAGUCUUAAACUCUUAAUUAACUUAGAAAUUAAAUAGUCUUAAAAUUACUAAGUGUUUGACUUAGCCUAACCUAGUGCUUGACUUAACUUUUCUUAGUCUUAACAAAAUAUUUGACAAAACUUAACUUAGUUUUAAAGUUACUUAAUCAUUGACUAAGCUUAACCUAAUGUUUGAUUUAGUUCACUUAGAAUUUAAAUAGUAUUAACAAAGACUUUAUCUUAACUUAACUUAGAAUUUAAAUAGUAUAAUCAAAGACUUUUACUUAACUUAGAAUUUAAAAAGACUUUGACCUUACUUAAGCCUUAAAAUUACAUGUUGUUUGAAUAACCUUAAUUUAGUGCAUGAUUUAAUGUUACUUAGAAUUCAAAUAGUCUUAAUCUAGUGUUUAAGUCUGGGUGCUUCACAAAAUGGGUAUAUGAUAAAGUAAAAACACAAUAAAGAUUGUUUUAAUGGUGUUUAUGUGGAUUAACUGUUAAUCUUUAUAUUAUAUGGUUGUUAUUAUGCUUAUUGUUUAUUUAGGGUGAACCAUAUUGCUUAACUUUUCUUGAAACUUUAUGACAGCACUGAAUGUUUGGACUUGUUGAAACACACUGUUAUAAGGUAUUCAAGGUGUAAGUAUUUUUAUGUAUUUCUUACAUAUAUAGCUCUACCCUUUUUCAACUGCAAUUAUACUACCAACAAUUAUGUGAAAUUUGGAUGCUUAAUGGCCCCAUAUGAUUUUGGUAUAGGUUUUAUCAGUCAAGAAAGAAAUUGUAAAACAUAUUCCGAAAAACAUAUUUCUUUUUUGCUCUAAAAAGAUUUAAAAAUAACUAAGUAGAACAGAACAAAAGUACAUGUCAAUUAAUGAAAUCAAGAUAAUGUAAACAAAUUUAGUUAAUAGUAUUGUUUUAUACGUUUUGUGAAUAGUAUUGUUUUAUACGUUUUGUGAAAUUUUGAAAUUAAUAUUUUUUUAUACCUUUUAUUUGGGAAAUAGAUAAGAUAUACCCUUUAAUAUUGAUUGUUGUCCAAAUCUGUAAAUUUGGUAGCUAUACUUAUAUUCUAAAAUUUGAAAGUUGUACUUAUAUCCUAAAUAUGUUGACCAAACUUCUUUUUAAAAAGAAUAUGUAUAGCCAUGAUGCUUUUAAGCUAUAGAAGAGAUGGGUUUUCAUACUUGCAUAAUUUUCACCUAUCCUGCAAUAUUUCUGGCACUUUUCUGCACUACUUUUUGUUUAAAAUUGUUUUUUGUUGUCUUUUGACUUGAAAAUAUAGUAUUAAAGGUGAAGUUUUGUAUUUAAGAAUUUAAUCAGCUUAGCAGUUGACAAAAAUAUCAUUCAACAAAUCAACUUGAAUUAAAUUUUCAUAAAUUUUAACAUGACUGAUGAUUAAUCAUAGGCUCUGAUUGUUAUUUUUUUCUUACAAUCUUUUGCCGUUUUUGAUGUCUGCUUAUAUUUAUUUAUUAUUUCAUUUUCAUUUAUAUAUAAUUAUAUCCACAAUUGUAUAGAUAGCCCUUUCAGGAGUUGCGUUGCUUGAUGUUUUACCUUUUGCUUAUUGAUGACCUUCCUCGUUAUAAUAAUACAUAUUAAUAAGUUCUUUUGAGGUGUCAGGUAAUAUUAACAUUAUUUAUAGAUGAUUAAUAAAUAGCAGGAUGCUUA